AGAUGUACUCCUUCAAUCUUCCCUCUGUUUUUGUCGUUUAUAAGUUUAUAACAAUUUAUUUUACAGAGAGAGCAGAUCUGGCUUGCAAUAGUGCAACGAACGGCGAUGGAGGACCAAAUCCGACUGUGAAGGCGUACUCCCGCGACUCGGUUGGUUGGGAGGCAGAAGCCAAAAAAAACUCUUGACGAAUUCUAGCAGUUCAACGAAGGGCUGUGGAGGAGUAAACUGCACACAUCGAGCAGUCGGCCGUUCAACAGGAAGCUUCCAAAAACGAAAGCUACGACAACCGCGCUUUCGGAAAGCUCAAUCGUCCCUCAUUCUCCACAAUAAUCUCCAUUUUCCUUUAGCAUUAUUGACUCUCUCUGUCAGUUGUCUCUCAUUCGCUACUAUUUUCCCACUGCAAACCAUCUCAACAGGAUCGUAACACCUCAAAUCUCUCUUUAAAGAAGAAAGUUAUGGCGGCGGGAUCGGAAAACUCAGAAGUAAAGGCAUAUAUUCACGAAAUUUGGUACGAAUUUGACUACAUGUUGAAACGGUGGCGACAGGGCCCGCAAAAGAUAGUGGCUGAUGUUGUAAAAGAUAGUUGUGAACGAACCUUGAGAAGAUUGGGUCAGCUACUUGGUUUUUUGGGAGGAGCGGAGGAAGGAGCUGCCGAGACUUUCGCUGAUGAGGCAGUGGAGCUCAUUCAGAAUGCAGGUGACCUGUUCGAUCGUUUGUCUCACGGAACGAAUCAAGGGUAUGUAGUUGAUGAUUUCAUGAUCGAUUUUGAGCUAAUUGAGAAUCAGAUUGAAGCAGUCGCCACUAGGGCAGGUCAAGUGGGAGCAGAUGGGCCGAUUGUUGGCUUAGAGGAAGAAAUAGAGCUUGUUGCUAAACUGUUGCUCCAAGACGAGGUGGCUCGUAGGCUGGUAUCAAUCGUUGGAGCCAAAGGAAUUGGGAAGACAGUUCUUGCUCGCAAGGUUUUUAAUUAUUCGGAUGUUGUCAAUCAAUUUCCGUUGCAUGCCUGGGUGAGAGUAUCCAAGGAGUUCGAACCCAUCUCAGUUCAACUAGAAAUAGCAAUGCAAGUUUUGCCAUUUGAACAACUGAAAACAGUACACUCCCCAGAGAAGCUGAUUAGGUGUCUCCGUCAUUUUUUGAGGUAUAAUAGAUAUCUCAUAGUUUUAGAUGACAUUACAACUGAAGCCUGGAACAUCCUAGGAAAAUCACUACCAGACACAUCAAAUAGUAGUAGAAUCGUGUUUACUACUCGCAACGCGGGCAUAAUCAAUGUUGGAUCAGAUAGUUGUGUUUUUAAAAAGCAGGAAUUAAGUGAUGACGACAGCUGGGAGUUAUUCAAUGCCAGGGUUCGUUCUCAACUCUCUGCAAAGCAACAAGAAUUUUGUUUUCAACUCUCUGCAAAGCAACAAGAAUUUUGGAGAGGAGCUGUGAUAAAGUGCAUGGGGUUGCCUUCUGCCAUUUGUAAAACAGCUGACGAAUUCUCAAAGAAAACAAUUCCCCAGGAGGAGAUUGCUCAUGCCCAUGGACAUAUUCAAUACAACGAGUCUGCAGUACCACAACAGAUUCAAUACGACGAGUCUGCAGUACCACAACAGAUUCAAUACGACGAGUCUGCAGUACCACAACAGAUUCAAUACGACGAGUCUGCAGUACCACAACAGAUUCAAUACGACGAGUCUGCAGUACCACAACAGAUUCAAUACGACGAGUCUGCAGUACCACAACAGAUUCAAUACGACGAGUCUGCAGUACCACAACAGAUUCAAUACGACGAGUCUGCAGUACCACAACAGAUUCAAUACGACGAGUCUGCAGUACCACAACAGAUUCAAUACGACGAGUCUGCAGUACCACAACAGAUUCAAUACGACGAGUCUGCAGUACCACAACAGAUUCAAUACGACGAGUCUGCAGUACCACAACAGAUUCAAUACGACGAGUCUGCAGUACCACAACAGAUUCAAUACGACGAGUCUGCAGUACCACAACAGAUUAAUCUUGGGCAAGAAUCGAUGCACCAUGUGUUAGCCUCUGCUGAUGCAUUACCCUUAAAUUUGAAGCAAUGCUUGCUCUAUUUUGGAUUUUUCAAUAAAGACUAUGAAGUUCCGGCGAGAAGACUCAUCGCAUAUUGGGUUGCCGAAGGAAAGUUGAAGCAAAAAGUAGGCCUAAUGGAACCUCCAGAACGCGUUGCUGAGGAUAUUCUAAUGGAGUUAGUAAAAACAGGCAUUAUCCAAGUGGCAAAAUGGAAGCUCAAUGGGAAAGUGAAGACUUGCCGCAUCAACCAUAUCUUGAGGGAUAAUUGGUUGUUAAAAGCUAAAGAAGCUGCCGCUAAACCUUCCAAUGACACAGGUAUGAUUCUUCGACUUGCUGAUCAUCUUGACAAGGAGGAUGAAUGCUUUCCACACAUUCAUGGCAGUGACACCAGGAGUAUUUCUUCUCUUAGAUGUUUUUAUGUGGAGCUCCGUUCGUUUUUGUCAUUUGAUUCUCGGGAAGGGCCUUUACCUGGAGAAGAGAUAAGCAACUUUUUUCGUAAAUGCAUUGCUGCUGGUUGCUUCAAGGUGUUGCAAAUAAUAGACCUUGAAGGUGUAUUUCGGCCUAAAUUACCCGACUCAAUAGGGAAAUUGACUCAGCUGAGGUAUCUAGGUUUGAGAUGGACUUAUUUGGAGACACUUCCUUCAUCAUUAGGCAAUUUGUUGAGCCUUCAAACAUUGGAUUUAAAGCACACUUACAUCAGCAGCCUUCCUAGUUUCUUAUGGAAGAUGAAGCAACUGCGACACCUAUACUUGAGCGAAAGUUUCCGUAGCAGAUUUGUUCCUCCACCAAACACCAAUCCACUGAUUGACAUCCAAACAUUAUGGGGAGCAUAUUUAGAUGAGGAGACCCCAAUAAAAAAUGGCUUAGACAGGUUCGUUAAUCUUAGAAAACUAGGUCUGGCAUCGAANCAGAUUCAAUACGACGAGUCUGCAGUACCACAACAGAUUCAAUACGACGAGUCUGCAGUACCACAACAGAUUCAAUACGACGAGUCUGCAGUACCACAACAGAUUCAAUACGACGAGUCUGCAGUACCACAACAGAUUCAAUACGACGAGUCUGCAGUACCACAACAGAUUCAAUACGACGAGUCUGCAGUACCACAACAGAUUAAUCUUGGGCAAGAAUCGAUGCACCAUGUGUUAGCCUCUGCUGAUGCAUUACCCUUAAAUUUGAAGCAAUGCUUGCUCUAUUUUGGAUUUUUCAAUAAAGACUAUGAAGUUCCGGCGAGAAGACUCAUCGCAUAUUGGGUUGCCGAAGGAAAGUUGAAGCAAAAAGUAGGCCUAAUGGAACCUCCAGAACGCGUUGCUGAGGAUAUUCUAAUGGAGUUAGUAAAAACAGGCAUUAUCCAAGUGGCAAAAUGGAAGCUCAAUGGGAAAGUGAAGACUUGCCGCAUCAACCAUAUCUUGAGGGAUAAUUGGUUGUUAAAAGCUAAAGAAGCUGCCGCUAAACCUUCCAAUGACACAGGUAUGAUUCUUCGACUUGCUGAUCAUCUUGACAAGGAGGAUGAAUGCUUUCCACACAUUCAUGGCAGUGACACCAGGAGUAUUUCUUCUCUUAGAUGUUUUUAUGUGGAGCUCCGUUCGUUUUUGUCAUUUGAUUCUCGGGAAGGGCCUUUACCUGGAGAAGAGAUAAGCAACUUUUUUCGUAAAUGCAUUGCUGCUGGUUGCUUCAAGGUGUUGCAAAUAAUAGACCUUGAAGGUGUAUUUCGGCCUAAAUUACCCGACUCAAUAGGGAAAUUGACUCAGCUGAGGUAUCUAGGUUUGAGAUGGACUUAUUUGGAGACACUUCCUUCAUCAUUAGGCAAUUUGUUGAGCCUUCAAACAUUGGAUUUAAAGCACACUUACAUCAGCAGCCUUCCUAGUUUCUUAUGGAAGAUGAAGCAACUGCGACACCUAUACUUGAGCGAAAGUUUCCGUAGCAGAUUUGUUCCUCCACCAAACACCAAUCCACUGAUUGACAUCCAAACAUUAUGGGGAGCAUAUUUAGAUGAGGAGACCCCAAUAAAAAAUGGCUUAGACAGGUUCGUUAAUCUUAGAAAACUAGGUCUGGCAUGUAGGUUAAGUCUUUCACAGCGAAAAGAGUUGGCAGAGUGGAUUACUAAACUGAACGAACUUGAAUCUUUGAGGUUGAGAUCAAUUGACCGUGAUGUGGUUCAAGCUUCAGACAUAUAUUUAGAGCCUUUGUCAGGCCUCAAGAAGCUUUCAAGUAUAUAUUUGUUUGGAAGGUUAGAAAAUCAAGUGAUCGUGCAAGACUUCCCUGAAAGUCUCACUGAGAUUACGUUGUCAUUAUCAGGAUUAAAUGAAGAUCCCAUGCCUAAAUUGGAGAAGCUUCCAUAUUUGAAGACCCUUAGGUUACUUGCAGGCUCCUAUAGCGGACGAGUGAUGCAUUGCUCCUCACAAUGCUUUCCUUUACUUCGAGUUUUAAAACUUUGGAAGCUAGAGUUCUUGGAAGAAUGGACAGUGGAGAAUGGGGCUAUGAAAAUACUUAGAGAAGUGGAGAUUAGAUCCUGUGAGAAGUUGAUAAUGAUUCCGGAUGGGUUUAUACAUCUGCGUAACUGUCGUGAAUUGAAGAUAACAAAUAUGCCUGAUGAAUUCAUAGCAAGGAUUGCUGACAACCAGGGGCAAGAUUGGUAUAAGAUUGAGCAUAUACAUUCUGUCGUUCCACAAAAUAUUGCUGAUAAAGUUGCUGGUCUAAAACAGAUUUGAUGCAG